AGACAAAUUCAGGACUCACUACAAUAUCUCCUCUGCAAAAAUGCCUUCCCUACUGAGCUUACUUGUCAGCGCCUUUCUUGCUGUAACCCUCUCGCGGACGGAAGGGAAGUCCAUAGCCACCGUCGAAGAAUCCGCAGGCAUCUCAGGAGAUGAUUUCGAAGGUAACGCUAAGAAUUCUGUCGUCAGCACAGCCUCAGUGCUCCAGCAGGACGUUGCCACACUUCUAGCAGAGUUUAUUUCGAAAUUCCCCGAGAUUGAGGAAACAAACGAUGUGAUCGUGUCUCCAAUCAAUAGCUCAUCUGAUGGGUGUUUCAAGGCCAACUUCAGCAAGUCCAGAUGCUUGAAACGGAUCUUCAGUGGCCUGCAGCAGUAUAAGAAGCAAAUGGAAUACGUCAAGAAGGACUUUCAGUCCACUCUUGUUGAUGGAAUCAUCUACAGGACAAGUAUUCUGCUAAAUACCGUCAAAGAUAUGCAGAGACACAAGACGGGGAACAUGUCUUCCGAGGUCGUUCUCCCCACCGGAUCGCAAUGGGUUAAGAUGACGGUAGUCAACGCUAUCCUGCGCAGCUUCAACCAGUUCCUCAUUGACACUCAUAGAGCAAUGCGCUACAUGAACCGACCCAAGAUGAUUGGCGAGAAGAGACAUCACCUACCUCAAGCGGCGACAGCUUUAGAUUAACUUGAAAAGUCCUAUUUAUACUUUUGAUUAUUUAUGUUUUUGUUUAUUUAUUCAAUAAUCUAUUGUUCAUUGAAUGUUUUAAAUGAUACUGUAUUUAUCUAUUUUAUAUUUAUUUUUCAUGUCUAUUUUGAUACAUGUUUGUAUUUAAGAACUGCUGCAAUAAAAGGUCUAGAUGAACAGUCAAAAUGUUGUGGUUCUCUU